GGUUCAGAUAACUUCAUCUCCAUGUGACCAUCACUGCGGCCACAAGUUUCAGGCUUCUACACUUUUUAAACAACAUUUUCUUGCGAAAUUCCUCCUGAUAAAACACGCACGUUUCCACGUUUUAUUUUCGAUUCACAUGCAGCACUCAACGGUCAAGUUUAAAGGUGGAAAAGGCGCAACCAGCAGUGUGAAGGGGCUAGCUUUAGCUCUGACACGAGAGCUGUAAAGUUAUUUAAAAGAUGUCCGUGGAUCUCAGUUCGACUCCCCGGACUCUGCUCGUUUGCGAGCGGUCCAGUUUCCAGGAGGAGAAGAACCGGGUCAGCACUCAGGUGGAGCAGCUGCGCUUCAACUACAAGGUGUCCCUGCUGCUGCCUGAGUGUAACUCCCUCCCCUCCCAGCUGGAGUCUGUUCUGGACAGCUUCACCAGCUUCUACUUGAUAAAGCAGCUGCCAGUGUAUGAACUGCUGGAUAAGGACUUCCUGGAGACUGCUGUGUAUCAAGGUAACGUUUACGGUCUCUCAUACAAGACUCGGAUCGAUGAAGACAACUGUGUCGCUCUGUUGCCAAAUGGACGCCUCUGUCUCUCCCUGGACAAAGACUCCUUUGAGGUGCUGGGUUUCGAAGGGAAGCCGUCCAAAUUCAACCACCGGACCAAGAGCAGAUUUGUCAUAUCAGUCGACCUGACUGACCGCAGAAUGGCGCCUGGUGGGCGGGGCUACCAGAGACUCCUCACAGGACUGAAGUCCCGGCUUCAGCUGCAGACCGACUUCCUGCUGUCGCAUCAUCCAGGGGGCGGGGCCUCUCUGCAGUCACUGCUGUCUCGCUGCGAUUGGUCGGAGCACCGGCCUCAGAUGAGCCAGCGCGGUCUGACCGAGCUGUCCUGCCCCGCCGUGCACUCCUGUGACCCCCACAGCCUCCUGGAGUGGCUCGGCGCCGUCGAUGCAGACGUCACCUGUGAGAACUCGUCCAGCAGCUUCCUGUCCACGCUGGCAUGUCCAGAACCGAAGACGACGCUGAGCAGAGCUCUGAGCGUCAGUGUGUGUGGCCUGCUGCUGCCGCAGGACAUCCAGCGGCUGAUCGACCAGCUCAGGUGCUACCUGCAGCAGCCCCGGCUGGAGUCCUGGGUGUCGCUGACGGUCCACGGUUUUGCCGACAGUCCCGUGUCGUGGGGGGAAAACGAGCACGGCUUCCUGAAGGGAGGCGAGAACUUCUACACACUGCUGAUGUUCCACAAUCACACGUAUCGCCUCCACCUGGCCACAGGAGCUCACGACGCCUGUCCGCCCUGAUGCCCGACCUUCACAUUUACACAUCAAGAAAACUCUGGGGGAUUUAUUUUCUCCUGGAAAGAGGCUGACUUUUGGAGGUUAUCUGAGCUUGAGACAAGUUCAGAUAUUAAGUGACUCUUUUUUAAUUUGACUGAUCACAAACUGAAACUUCAAGGUCUUCUCUGGAGUCUUGUGCCUUAUGUUGAAAACCACAGAUCUGUGUAAACAAGCUCAUAUGAAUAAAGCUGACAUUUUUUAUUUAGUCAUAGUGACUGUAGUGUUUCUGACUUCACACCAUCAAACGCCGGAUUCUGGAAAGCGACUCAGGCUUUUACAUAGAAGCCAUUUUCACAAACAUCCUCAAUAAAGUCAGAAGAAAGAUUUCCAGAUCUGCUCAACGUUGUGGGUCUUACUUAGCAAAUGUGUGAAAGCUGAACAUGCAGUCCACGUAUUAACUUCAUUCAACUGACACAGUUGGCGAUUGUGAAUCUCGACAAACAGAAAUCGCUUUAGGAGUUCCUCAAGGAUCCAUGACUGGGCCACUUGGUUAGCAAUCUAGAAUUUACCAAUGAAGCCAUGGGAAAACUUGGACGACUGUGGAGUUCAAAUUCAAUUGUUCUAAAUAUGAUUUUAUGUCCCAAUAACAUUGUAACAGUUUUUUCAAAAAGUAAACUUU